CGUUUCCCUCCGCUCGUGCGGAGCUGCCCGGGCAGGCGAGCGUGACGUGCCGGUGCCCAUCACCCUCUCCCGCCCACCACCCUCUCCCACCGAGACUUCCUCCCUUCCUGCCUGCUGGGCUCGGCUUCGGCCCCGGGGCCGGCGCUCUGCUCGCCCGCUUGGGAAAGGGCUGCGCUCAGCGGCGGGCGGGGAGGCGAUUAAAGAGCUCGGCCGGCCGUUUGCUUCCCCGCAAGGAGCCUCGUGCCUCGAAAGGAAGGCGAGCAGCCGGCCGGCUCCGCUCCCCCCACCCCCGGCAACCACAAUUGCUAGCUCAGGGCAGCUGCUGCGCAAGAGAGGAUUCCCCGCGUCAAGGCCGCCGGGCCUCGCUCCCCUCUGCUUCCGCACCCGGACCUGGCUCGCACCGAAGAUGCUCUGCGCGCUGCUCGUCCUGGGAGCGCUGGCCUCCAGCCUGGCAGGUGCCAUGGAGAUCCAGGUCCCGGAUGAGCCCGUGGUGGCUCUGUUUGGCCGAGAUGCCACCCUGCACUGUGCCUUCUCCCCCGAGGCCAAUUUCAGCCUGAACGACCUGAGCCUCAUCUGGCAGCUGACAGACACCAAGCGCUUGGUGCACAGCUUCUCUGAUGGCAAGGACCAGCUGGCUGACCAGGGGGGAGGCUACGCCAACCGCACGGCCCUCUUCUACGACCAGCUGGCCCAGGGCAACGUCUCCCUGCUCCUCCGGCGCGUGGAGAUCUCCGACGAAGGCAGCUUCACCUGCUUUGUCCGGGUCAGCGACUACAGCAGCGCGGCGGUGGUGCUGCAAGUGGCAGCUCCCUACUCCAAGCCUAGUCUGAACCUGGAGCCCAACAAGAACUUGAAGCCCGGGGAUCUGGUGGCAGUGACUUGCCACGCAUCCCGUGGCUACCCUGAAGCCACUGUCCUCUGGCAGGACAGCCACGGCAGCAACAUCACGGAAAACGUCACCACGUCUCAGGUGGCCAACGAGGAGGGUCUCUUCGAUGUGCACAGCGUCCUCCAGGUGUUGGUGGAGCCCAGCAGCACCUACUCCUGCCUGGUGCGAAACCCGGUGCUGCAGCAGGAGACCCAAGCCUCCGUCACCGUCACGGGCCAGCACCUCGCCUUCCCCGCCGUGGCGCUCUGGGUGACGGUGGGACUCGCCGUCUGCGUCCUCGGGCUGCUCGCCGCCGUGGCCUACGUGUGCCAGAAGAAAAUCCGCCAGAGCUGCGAGGAGGAGGAAGAAAACGCAGGGACGGAGGAGCAGGACGAGGAGGGGGAAGAGCCCAAGACAGCCUUGCAGCCGCUGAAGAGCGCGGAGAGCAAAGAAGAUAACGAACAAGAAAUUGAUUGACGGGAGCUGGGGGACAGCUCGGAGCAGCCCCCCCAAGCAGCCGAACCGGCCCCCCGCUCCCGUGGGGAGCAGCUCCAGGCGACCGAGGACGUGCACCGACGCAGCCUGGCCGCUGCCCGCCCGCGCGCCUGGCCCUGGGCCCGGGGCGGCCGCUCCGCACGCCGCGACCCUCCUCCUCCUCCUCCUCCUCCUCCAUCUCCUCUUCCUCCUCCUCUCUUCUCCACGGAGAGCCGCGGUCCAGCUCCUCUGCUCCCGUCCAGCGGCAGCCCAAGCCCAAAGCCUUCGUGCUCGGCCCCGGAGGCGGUGGAGGACGAUCGCUCUUCCCGUAGUCCCGCUGCAGUUCCCGCUGGACUUUGGUUUUGCCUUAAGUGCCUGGCGCCACCUCUCUCCCUGCUCGGACCGGGGCAGUUAUCCCACGCCGGGAAUCGGCCCGGGGGCUUUUUUCUCCCCCCGCCCGCCGUGCCGAGCCGGUAGCAGGGCGAGGAGGUGCCUGCUGGAGGCAGGGCUGGGGGCGCCUGCCGGCCAGGCGGACCCCGCCGUCCUCCCCGCCGGGACGCGGCUGCUGGUUGCCCUGGGGGAACGCGGAGGGAGGGGGAGGGGAGGGUGGGAGGAUGCUGAGCGCAAGCGGGCUCAAACCCUCCCGUUUCCCCUGUGUCCAGCUGGGAGAAACACCUCUCAAUUGCUUUGCCCCCAUGAUGAGAUCGUCCAGGCUGUCCUCUGUCCUCACCCCAGGCACUGGUGGGGUGCUCAGAGGCCCCCAAGCCGCCGGGUCACUACAUUCCUGUGUUAAAGGCACUAUUGCAAUUGCCAAGUCAAGCGUUGGAAGGGAACGUCCUGUCUCCUUUGUUCCAGGCACUGGAAGGCACUUGGUGACAGACAGGCGCCUGUAGCAAGGAGAAGGUGGCUCAUGUCACUCCUGAGACUUGAAUUCAGUCUCUGCUCAGCUACAGUUCCUGACAGGUGCUGGGAAAACCACCUAAAUCGAGUUUUUUAAGUGGUGGUGGUGCAUUUGUGGGGUGUGCGCCGGGUGGACGUUCCCAGCUGGAUCUGCAGCCGGGGUCUGACGUGCCCAUCGUGUGCUGCAUAAUGCUAGAGGCUUUGCAAAGUCGGGUCCUGGGCAUCCCAAAAGGCACACUGAAAUCAAGGAGAACGCGGUUAAUCAGAGUGGUCCCUUCAGGGAGUGCUGCCUGGCCCGGUCAGGGCAGGGGUCCCUGGGCUCUGCAGUGGGCGGCCACAUAAUUAAAGGCUGAAUCAUAAUUCAUGGGCACAAGGGGGAUGUGCUCAAGUCCGGCUUUCUUGGCUUUCACAGUGCUUGACUUUGCAAUUGGAAAAAAGUUGGUUUAACACAGCUUGCUUGCACGUGUGGUGGGAAUGCAGCCCUGGGCAGGCCACCAGCUGCCCGAGCUGGGGCCCAAGCCGGAGGCACGGCGUUAAGCUGGACGCGGGUGGAUGCAGAAGGGACAGCCCAAAGCGAGGUCUGGGUCAGCGUUAUGCCAGGGGGUUGCGCGUGGGGCUUGCCCCACGCCUGGCCAAGCCUGCUGCAAAACCCUGACCGAUCUCUCCUUGGUUUUUAAGUGCAGACUCAAGAAAUGUUUUCACUUGUCACGUGUCUUUGGUCCCACUCAGGCUGGCAGAGAAGUCACUGCUGUGCUAGAAUCAAUGGUUCUUCUGUUGUUUUUAAUUAUUAUUUAAAUUCCAGAAUCUGGAGUUUUUUGUGCCUUGACAAAUAAAUUCUUGAAUCUUUUUGGACAGUG